AUGAAGGUGAGUUGUGGCAUCAACGGAUGUGGAUUACCAGCUGGCUGUGUGCUAAACGGAUUACCUUAUCGCCAGGUCUUCAUCUGCCUGUUGGCCACCAUCUGCGCCUGCAAUGCCACCUUCCUGUCCCUUUUGGGCGGCGGCGGCGGCGGAGGAGGAGGAGGAGGUGGCGGAUUAGGAGGUAGCAAGACCACCUACAAUGUGAUAGCCACGCCCAGUUCGGGAGGCGGCGGGGGCGGCGGAUACUCAUAUGGCCAGGGAGGCGGCGGUGGUCAAGGCUAUGCGCAGGGACAUGGCUACGCGCAGGGCGGUGGACAUGGACCCGGUGGCUCCUCGCAGAUCAUCAAGGUCAUUCUGCAGGAGGGUCAGGGCUACAGCAACGCUGGAGGAUCAGCCGGCGGCAUUGUGUCCUCGGGUGGUCAUGGCUACAGUCAUGGAUAUGCCAGUGGCCACGGCUCCUAUGGCGGCCAGCAGGCCCAGAUCUACAAGAUCAUCGAACAGGCCCCGGCUCCAGUUCCAGUUCCAGUUCCAGUCCCAGUCCCAGCUCCUGCUCCCGUUCCCGUUCCCAUUCCGAUUUCGAUUCCCGCCCCUGCUCCGCCAGCUGCGCCCAUUGCCUAUCAUGCUUCCAGUGGCUCCAACGGCUACUCCUAUGGCCAGGGCCAAUCGCACUCCUACGGACAAUCGUAUGCUUCGGGACAUGGCUAUGGUGGUGGCGCCUCCUUCGAUGCCCAGCAAUUCAAUGCCAUCCUGCCGCAGAUCAUCCAGUUGGUGCUGCAGGAGGAUUCCUUUGGCGGCGGCGGCGGCGGCGGCGGCGGUGGAUCCGCUGAUGUGGCUGCCAUCAAUGGCCAGCUGAUCAACGCCUUCGGCUCCAAGGGCAAGGCCAUCAUUUUGAAGAGCGAUCAGGCGCAGGGAGCCUUCUUUAAGAGCGGACAUGUGGUGCAGCGGGGAACCCUGAAGGUGAUGCGCGUCCAGGAGCAGCAGCAGUCCCAGGGCGCUGGUGGCUCCAAGGGAGGCUGGAGCUCCGGUGGAGGUGCCAUUUCCGGUGGCUGGAGUGCCGGAGGAGGUGGCUCGUCCGGUGGCUGGAGCGCCGGAGGAGGUGCCCCGUCCGGUGGCUGGAGCAGCGGUGGUCCACCUUCGGCCUGGUAGAUGCACUGCAUCCGCAGCUCGCCUAGUUAGUUAGACCAAAUGAAUUGUUUUUUUUCACUAUCUUCUAUUCUAUCGUUAUGUAUUUUUUUUCCUAGGCUAAUCCUUCACAGUCAUUAUCAAAAACAAAAAAACAAAAACGAUAAGCAAACAUCCAUCAUUAUUAACCUAAAUUAUUUGUUAAUAAACCAUUUGAACCAA